AUGGAUGAUUUUCAUAAACGGCAAGCUGGGAUGAAGAGUGUAUUGACAUGUGGAAUUUGCAAAAAGCUAUGCAAAGAUGUCUCAAUUAUUGAAGAAUGUUGUCACAGAUUUUGCAAGAAUUGCAUAAUGAGAAAGUUAAAAGAAGAAAAAUUGAAAGUUUGUCCAGAAUGCAAUACAGAUUUAGGUGUUGCCCCCUUGCAGAAAAUCAGGGAUGUGAACAAGCCGUCUUCCUACCUAAAGAAGUACCUUGCACAAAAAUUGUGUCUUCAGAGCGAAGACGAUGUGGAGCUUCGCAUGUUAGAAAUGUUUAUUCGUCCUGAAUUGCCUCUCAAACAUCUAGAAAAAAUGUGGUUACGCGUAGCACCUCACUCUGGAAAAAGUUCAGUUAAAGUUGGAGCUUCUGCUGAAGAAUUUGUCAUGGUUUUGAAAUAUUCCCGGUCACACCCAAAAUUGAAUUAG